UCUGGUUCUGUCCCACCUGUAGAUAUCCCGUUUCAUGAGUUAUGUCACAGUGCCAGCGCUCUGACCGGCCGCCGCUACAGGAAGUGGCUGCAGGACCUGCGAAACUCUCACUCUCUGUACAAAUCAAGUCACUGUGCAUUAAUAGAUCGCUUACUGGAGGGCUACGACAACGCUCGCCAUGGGACAGGGGUGUUUGGUGAGGCAGAGUUCAUGAAGUAUAAGGACGAUCUGGCAGAACUGGCUGCUGUUGUGAAGACCCACUCCAGCACCACCAGUCUAAACCAGCAGCACCAGUCAGCAGCUAAAGAUCUGACCAGCUCCUCCGGCCCGCCGUCUGCCUCUACCAUUCAGGUCACGUACCUGCCGUCCACCGGACAGCGCAGCAAGAGGCCCAAACAUUUCCUGGAGCUCAAAAACUUCAAAGACAACUAUAAUACACUGGAGAGCACACUUUAGAGAUUGGAACCCUUUUGAGGAACUGUGUAAAUAUAACUCAGAAACUGUGAAUCAGAAGUGUUCAGUUCUCACUGGAAAAGCCUUCAUGUAGAAAUGAAAAGUCAAAUGGCCUCAAAUCACAUUGAGAAUGUGAGAAUGACUUAAUAUAUGACUAAAUCUGUGGGAUAACUGUCAGUGCAACUGCGUUGAGAGCAAUGCGAGAAUGUUAUGUUUGUAGUUUUAAUGUUUUUCUGAUGGAGCUAACAAGAAGAGCUUUUUUGUCUAAUGUUAAAAGUCACUGUUUACCAGCUUUUAUUUGCGAGAAUGGCCUUUAAUGUGAACAGGGAGUGUAAAGUUUAUAUCUUUAUUGUCCAAAGAGCACCAACAAAGCGCCCUUUAACUGAGAUGAUAGCAUUUUAACUGGAUUGACUUUACUGGAACAAACUCAUGAAUUAAAAAAUAGUUGAAUGGACAUUAAAGGGACAGUUCACCCAAAAAUGAAAAUGUACUUAACCUCCACUUGUUCCAAACC